AUGAGCUCGUAUGUCAUCCUCACUGUCUUGGCUGCAUCCUCUAUGUGGUUCUGUCAAGGGGAGGCAGCACAAUGUGCUGAAAUCUGCUACACGACCGAGUUAACGGGAUUUGGACCGGGAGGUGCCGCUGGAUGCAGUUGUAGUGGCUCGAAGGCCACACGCGCGGGAGAUGGAGGCUGUAGCUGUGGUCAGUGCUACGACGAGGCGAACGGAGCUAUCAUCGGCUAUGCUGUUAACAGUGACGGCACGUGCACGUACGGAACAGACUGUGGGGAUUGCACGCGCUCUCCGGAUCCAACUUUGAGCAAGCCACCGACCUCACCCAGCUCAACUACUACUACUAAUCCCACGACGUCGACGCCGACGCCGACUACGUCGCCAAGCUCGACCAGCUCUACAAGUACUACCACAGUUGCGCCUAUUACUACGUCUUCUGUUCUUUUUUCAGACUCUUCGUCGAACGCGACUACAGCACCUUCUUCUUCGAGCACGGAUCCGAGCAAAUCUCCUACUACACCGAGCACAUCUAGCAGCUCGGGCUUAGACAAUACCAAUGCAGGCGAAACUGCUGGCAGCUCGGCUCCUAAAACAGGCAAUGAGAAAGGACUGAAGACGUGGCAAAUUGCGUUAAUUAUUUGCUGUGGCGUGCUGUUGUUUACGGUGGCAGUCGUAUCAGUACUUUCGUGCUACUGCAAGGCACGAAACCGCUUGAAUGAAAAUGAGGACAAUCUAGCCGAUGCCACUUACUACCAGCAGCAGCACGCUCGCCAGCACAGUGACGUUACUGGGUCGAGUGUUCCCACGCCGACCCUAUUUCCAAGGAAUACCUACAAUCACCAUCGAUCUGGGAGCUCUGGAAGCUUGAAUAACGAAAUGAAACUCAUGUACGAGAACUCAGCUAACAGCGGCAGCUCAGAUAGGUUAGGAAUGGGCCUUGCUUCCGUUCACACGCGUAGCAGCUCGGGUGACCUGGUCGGUAUGGUGGGCACCAGCUAUUCGAACGCAGGCAGUUACUCGAAUGAGCGCAUUUUAUCCGGCAGUUACCCGAUAGAUCGCCGACAGAGUUCAAGCAACAGGUCACAAGGACGUCAAUUGAAUUUAGAACCGAGAUACAGUGUGACACAUGAUCGAGAACCGUUGGCAGUGGAAUUGUAG